CACACGCUGUCAGGAUGAGCUGAUGUGAGCGCUGCAUCAAGUGCGCGGACGGUGAUGCUCCCGUAUAAAACACCGCGCUGUAUUUUGGCACAGAGGGGUGAUGCAUCAGUUUAACCCUCGGCUCUGCCCUCCGGACUCGCCCAUCCAGUAAUCCAGCCCUCAGAUAAGUUGAGGGGGGCAUGUGUGAUCCCAUUGCGAGGAAUCCUGCCGCACGAUAAUUCCUGAGGAUCUCUCUCUCUCCCUCUCUGUUCGCUUUCUUUUCUCUCUCUUUUUUUUUCUUCAACUUCGAUGGCUUGAGUGAGUGGCCCAUUUGCACUCAUGCUCGCAGCCGAGGAGGGAUGUAAAGGUACGGGCCAUCCACCGCCCUCACAUUGCACGGAGUAGCGGCGUGAUUCAGGUCGCUAUCUGAGUGCCAAUCAGCCAAAAGAAAACUACUUUCGAGAUGUGAGAUUAUCGAGAUUUGCUACUCAUUCCGCCAGCUCGCCUGUCCUAUGAUAUCGACAACGGGAUUUCAAGAGGAAACUGAUUGUGGCAUAAACUAUUUCUGGAGACGCUUGUCACAGAUAUCGCCGCUGAACUGGACAGGGUGGAUGGUUAUUUCCCAAACUGUUCAAGCCUAUGUAUACUGCAUUCAUUGGUUGGAAACGCUGCCUAGUAUCUUCGAGAACAGCUCAAGAGGAAUGCUGGUCCAAGAUCUAAUGCCAUUUACUUUAAGUUUUUGGCCUUUUUUCUUCGGUCAUUGCCUUCUCUCACUAUUUUUACUCUCGUGUCAGGGAGAACUCCAGAGGUCAUGCUCACGGACUGUGGCGGAGAAAGUUAGUGAACAGUGCCAGCUGGCAUGCCACUGUAGAAGAUACCCUCCUCUUCCUCCUCCACCGCCUCCGCCACCUCCGCCACGGCUUCUAGGCACCACAGUGGCAGAGCCCAUGGUGCCAUUGUUGAGGCCCUGGUGGAUGGAGAUGGACAUUGUAGUGCUCGGAACGGUGGGCUGUGCCUCAGUGGUCUUCCUCCUCUCAGCCAUCAUCAUCUGCUACAAGGCCAUCAAGAGGAAACCACUCCGGAAAGAGGAGAACGGGACUAGUCGUGGGGAAUAUGCCAUGAGCAUCCGUAACAAGAAGGCCAUGGGGACGAACAACACUGUGGUAUAGACUGUCUCCUGGUAGACGCAGGAAGUGACAUCACCAUUAACGUCUCCCACCCUCUACUGAAUACAACAAUCCCCUCUCACCCAGAAUGCAACAGGGUUUCACCCCAAGGUUUUCAAAUAGGUAAACCUUCCCUCUUUUCUUGGCAUGUUGCCCGGACAUGAAGACACUGUUCAGCUCCAGACGGGCUGUCAAAGACGAAAGGAGAAAAAAAAUCAAGGCAGAAAAGACGGAAAGGAAAGAUCCACAAAGCCCCCAUGGUGUCCAAAGUGGCCCAGCAGGCUGAACAUUAUGCUCUUAGUAACAGCAAGUGUUGCUGACAGGCUGGUUGGCUGCUGGCUGGAGAGGGACUGUCUGCCAGUCUGCUGCAGAUCCAGACCUCACACACACACACUGUUGACAUCUGCAACGGAACAAUACAGCCGCCCUGCAGUCCCCACUCGACAGCCCAUCACACACAAUAAAUACGUGCAUGCAGUUUUUA